AUGGCUUCUUCUUCUUCUUCUUUUCCUGAUGUAUAUGCCUGGCUUGAAAACCUUCCACCAAUCCCACAAUGGAAAACAGAUUCCAUGUCCAUGAAUAUAUGCCCAUUUUCAUCAAUCCCUUCCUUAAAACUCUCAGUCAAGAACUAUAACUCAUCAUUCUCUCUCUCUAUAUAUGCAGAUUAUAACCUCCCUCUCUCUCUCUGGAACUCUAAAACCUUUUCACCAAAUCCCAUAUCAAACAAACUUCUGGAUGAUCAUGAAACAGUUUCAGGUCUCUUCCUUAAUUUCAUUGAAAAUAUUCUUAUGUACAGUCCAAACAGAAGUAUUUCUUCCAAUUCGCUUUACAGUCCAAACAGAAGUAUUUCUUCCAAUUCGCUUAGACUUCCAAGAAGUACUUACUCGGAAAAUAACUUUAAAGAUCUGUUUAAUUUCUCUUUUCUUAGCCUUACUUUUAUUAUUUGCAUAUAUGAAGCUCCUACUGAUAUUAGAUCCUCAUGUCUUUCGACCCUGAAAGAUCAAUUUGCAUGCCCAAAAUCAAGAGAAGUUUCCAAGAUUUUGAUGAGGAGUUUGGGGUCUAAUAUAGAAGAACAUUGGAUGCGUUCCAUAAAUCUUGCAAUUACUAAUUGGGUUACAGAACUACAAGGUGAAAAUACUGACUGCACAAGUAGUAACUGUAAAACUCCUUCGCCUUUGUUUUCGUACUCGUUUUCCACAUACGGGUUGUGGAAAGUUCAAUUGUAUUGUCCAGUCAUAUCUAUGGAAGUCGAGAAGUCAAGUAGUCCUUCGCCAGAUGAACAUUUGCUUUUCUCUCUCAACUAUCACCAACUGGAGGGGGUGAUCCAGCUUAAUCAUAGGGCGAUCAUUCAAGAAAAGUGGAUUGAAGUCAGAGUAAACAUAGAUAACAUCAGGUGUGAUGUUAUGAAGCUGGUGACAGAUAAACUCAUGAAGGAGCGGGGUGCAGGAACAAGUGAAAAACACUUUCCUUCAAGAAUUGCAUUGCAAAUUACUCCAACUAUGCAGGCAAACAUCAUAAGCAUAUCAGUUAGCAAAUCAACAGAGAAUCCAGCACGAGAAAUCGGCGUUGAAAAGUCGAUCGAAGCAUCAUUCGAGCCUCCAAAUCCACACAUGGGAAUAAACUUCUCUGCAGGAGAAACCAUGACAAUAAGCCUAAAACCAUGGAAAUUUGAGCAGUCUGUUCAUGGAAACACUGCAAUUUUGAACUGGUUUCUGCAUGAUAGUGUGAAUGGAAGAGAGGUAUUUUCUUCAAGACCGUCGAAAUUUGCUUUGCUUCAACCCAAGGCAUGGUUUAAGCAUAGAUAUUCAAAUGCUUAUAGGCCUUUUACAAGGCAAGGAGGAGUGGUUUUUGCUGGUGAUGAGUAUGGGGAGAGUGUGAGUUGGAAGGUGGAUAAAGCUUGCAUGGAGGAAAGUAUGGAGUGGCAGAUUAAGGGUUGGAUUUGGUUAACUUAUUGGCCUAAUAAGCAUAGGACACUUUAUACUGAAACUAGGAGAUCUCCAAUUCAUUUUAUCUCCUCGAUACAAUCGGAAUUUAUAUCACCGAUGGAGUCCGCCGCCGUUCUCCGCUCCUUUCAUUAUUCUGUCGGCACGAGUUCUCAUUUGAAGUCUGUACUUGAACAACCUGGCACAAUUACUAUGAACAAUGCAUCCCUUUCAAACCUAAAAAAAUUGCCUUUCUAUGGUGGAAAGAACAUGUCACUUACAAAUAAGCGGGGAGCAAUACUUGUACCAUUUGUGAAGGCCUCUGAAAGUACUGGGACAGCAAAAUCCAGUGGUGACCCAAAUAAUCAUCAAAAUGGAUCAGUGGAGAAGAAAUCGUUGCCGGCAACGUUCCCCAAUGGUUUUGAGACACUGCUCACAGAAGUCUGUGAGGAGACAAAAGUCGCGGAGCUGAAAAUUAAGUUUGGAGACUUUCAAAUGCAUGUGAAGAGGAAAAUUGAACCUGCACCAACUCCGGCACCAAUUGUUUCUCCCACAUCUGCUCCACCUGUUCCAAGUGAGCCAAUGAAUGAAUCAGCUCCUGCUGCUGCUCCACCAUCGCCAUCAAAAUCUUCUGAAGAAAAGAUCAGCCCAUUUACAAAUGUUUCUGCAGAUAAGGCAGCGAAGUUGGCGGCACUGGAGGCUUCAGGAUCAAGUGGCUAUGUUAUCUUAUCAUCUCCACAGGUUGGUUCAUUCCGAAGGGCCAGGACUUUGAAAGGAAAGAAGCAACCUCCUGCUUGUAAAGAGGGUGAUGUUAUCAAAGAAGGACAAAUAGUAGGCUUUUUGGAUCAGUUUGGCACUGAACUUCCAGUCAGAUCAGAUGUGGCUGGAGAAGUCCUGAAGCUCCUUUAUGAUGAUGGAGAAGCUGUUGGUUAUGGAGAUCCCCUGGUAGCUGUCUUGCCAUCAUUUCACGAGCUUGGGGAUUCCUGUGAAAAUUCUUCAGUUUCUAAGAAGAUCCCAGUAGGGAGAAAUGGCACUAAAACACAAAAUAUUUCAAAUUCAAGAAAGAGGAAAUUAGUUCGAAGGGGAAAUGCUAAAGAAAUCCCCGCCAUAGAUGCCAAUGUUGCAUCAGAAAACAGUGAAUCAAGUGCAAAAAGAAGCAAGUCAGAUGAUGAAGGUUCUAUUGAAAAGGGUAAUGCCAAAAAGGCAGAUGUAAAUGAAUUUGAUUAA